AUGAAGAAGUUAGUAAAAUAUUCAAGGAAUUUAGAUGUUUUUGGAAGAAACAUUGAGCUCACAUUAAAGCAGAAGAAGACACAUAAAACAUUUUUUGGGACACUUUUGACAAUUUGUGUAGUUAUAGCUACAUUUUUAGGUUCCAGAUAGAUAGGUUCAGAUUUUUUAGUAAGAUAGAAUCCAGAUAUGCUUUAUACAGAGUUAUUUUUUGAUGGCGAAAAGGAUAUCUACUAGUAAUGGGAUGAGUUAUAAAUGAUAUUUUCAAUAGAAGACUCAACCUCGUCAUCUCUUUUGAAUGGAUAGCAACUUGUUUAAAGUGGAUAGAUUUAAAUUAAUGUUUAAUAUAUCUAAAUUAAUUUUUAGCAUUAGUAGAGCUUGCAAAUUAAAUGGAUAAAUAAUGGAAUGGCUUUUAUUAUAUUAGACUAAAAUUUGAGUUAAAUGGUCAAUUUUUAAAGUAUUUUAAUUUAAAUCAAAGGUUAGAGUUUGAGUUAAUAUUAAAUUACAGCAAAUUUCAAGCAAUUUUUAUUUAGACCUGAUAUUUAUGAUCAUCCUUUUAUUUUUUCAUUUAGAAAAGAUGUUUUAUCAUUAAAUAAUAUUGGGUUAGAAAUUUUGUUUGCAUUCACAACUGUAAAUACUGACAGAGGACUAGUUUAAGAAUCUUAUUAGCAGCAAUAUCAAUUAUUAUACUAAUAAAGCUAAUUAGUUUAGCCACUAUAGACAGAUUAAUCUAAUGUUUCAAAUUUAAUCAUUACUUUAAGUAAUGUAGAGAAGUAUUACAAUAGAAAAUACCUCAAAGUAUAGAGUAUAUUAGCAAUCAUUGGAGGAUUACUUAAAUCGCUAUUAGUUGUAGGAAGGUUUAUAUCUAAACCCAUAGUUAAGCUUUCACUUAGAAGCAAAUUAUUAAAUGAGUUAUUUAAUUUUGCAGAACUACAAUCUUUUUAGUAAAAUAACGGAUCAGGUAAACAGCAGUAAUAAAUUACUGACAUAAAUUAAGCAAAUUAAAAUGUAAAUUAUAAAGUAAUGACUUAAAAUAAUGUUACAAAUGAAAAUUAACUAAAAAUUGAUCUUGAUAAACUAGCAAACAGCAGCAAUAUAUAAAAAAAAGCAAAAUUAUAUAGCAUUGAAAAUUAAAAUGUAGAAAAAUCUUAAUUUUCAAGGUAAGAAAGAUAGAAUUUUGAUAUUGAUAAAUAAACCGAAUAACAAUAAUAAGCACUAAAUUAGGCAAAAUAAAAUGUAUUCUAAGAACUUCAAAAUAGUAUAGAGAAAAAAUUUAUGAAAAAGGAUACAGCAGAAUACAAAAAAUCAUUGUUUACUAAAAGGUUUACUUUGCCAGAAAAAAUUUCAAAGCUUUUCAAGCAAAGAAAAUCUGUAAAAACUUAAGAUAUAGCAAAUACUGAUUCAGAAAAUAACUCAAUAAAAUUUAAUAAAAAAGACCUGUUUAAAAAGACACAGACCAUAAUGGAAUAAAAUGAUUAAUAGGUAAAUAAUAAUGAUAUUAAUUUUAUUCAUAUUGAACCUUUAGAUAAAGAAGACUAGAAAAGCAAAAUAAAUUAAUUAUAAAACUAGCAAACAUUAUAAACUGACAGAAUAAUAAAUAUUUAAACAACAACAAAUGAAGAUAUAAAUUAAGAAUAAAAACCCAUUUUAGAAAGUUCGAUAAUGCUGAACAAAAUAAAUAACAAAGAGAUAAAUCGUAAUAAAAACAUUUUUUAAAUUUAAGAUAAUUAACUCUCAAAUUUGACAAAACUGAAAAAUGAUUAAGAUAAAUAAAAAUUAACUUUUUUUACUCAACAAAAUACAGAAAAAGAUAAUAACUAUGAAAAAUUUGAUGAAUUUAAAUCAUUUGAAUCACACAUAAACCAAAUUAGAUAACAUAAUAAAGAAGAAAUUUAAAAAAAUAUUUAAUAAAAUAAACCAAUAUAUUAGGAUUAAUAGAGCUAAUUAAGCGAAAAUGAUAGAGACAUUAUUCCUAAUGAACCUAUUUAACAUUAUGUGAAUUUAGUUAUUAAAUCGCAAGCAUCAGAUAUAAAAACAAAGUAGCAAUUAGCUAGUAAAGAGGAAAUAAAAUUUCAUGAAGAGAAGGAAAAAUAAAAGCAAAUAAGUGAAUAAGAAAUUAGCUUAAAUGUAGAAAAAUAAAAUUUAAAUGAAUAAAAAGAUUAAGAAUUAAAUAAAAAUGGGUCUGGUAAAACUCAAUUUUAGUAAAAAAUAUCUGGCUUUUCAUAGAAAGACUCAGAUGAGAUGUUUGUUUCCUAUAAGAGGACAGAUACUUAAUUUGUAGCAAGCUUAAUAUAGGAGCGUGCAAAGUAGAAAACAAUUUUUAAAUCUUAAAACGACAGUGAAGGUAACGUAAUGAACUCGAAUAGCUCGAAAAUAAAAAACAUGGAUAAAAAUAACACAACUGGGGAUUUAAACGAAGUUGGGAAGAGUUAAUUUAGUGAGAGUAAAAAGAGACUAUCUAUAAAAGAAAUGAAAAAAUUUAACAAAAUGAUAGAACAGAAAUAAACAAACUCUCUCAAGCUAGGCUUUUUUGAUUACAUAAAAUAUUUUCUUUUUAAGAAAGACAAAAAGAAAAAGUAAAUAAAAUACUGCAUGAAAAAAGUUGUCUAAAGACUGGAUAUAGUUUAUAUACUAAAUAAACUAGUAGAAAUAGAUAAACUAAAAAUGCUUCUUUUAGAUCACAACUAAAGAGAAUUGUUUGAGUUUCUUCCUAGACCAGUAGUUUUACAAAAGGAGAAUGAAGAUAUUAAUGAAAUUAAUGAUAAAUUUAAUAUUUAAGAAGCAUGGAGUUUGCUUUAAGAAGAGAAAAGUACUAUUGAUAAGGCUACUAAUGCAUGCAUUUCUUAUAAGAUUAUGACUCAAAAGAAGAAGAAAAAUGUUUUAGAUAGCAGACUUCUAGAGAUGUUAGAUAUGAAUAUCAAACAUGUAUUUAACUAAACAUAUAUACCUAAUGAAAUGAUUGAAGAAAAAAGAGGUCUAAGCUUAAAUGAAGCAAAUCUUAACAAUAGAUAGAAUUAGCUAUUCAAUGGCGUAGAUAGCAAAAAUUUAAAUAAACUAGCAAGCAGUUAAAGUAAUCAUUAAAUGCCUAAGCUAAGCAAGGGAGCUUCUAAUAAAUCUCAAAAAUCAAAUGGCAAAAAAAAAUUUUUUUUAAAUCAGUAACAAAAAACAACAGAAGAUAUAUUUAAUACAUAUUAUGAUAAAACUUUAGAAGAAAAUAAUAACUUAUAUAUAGAUGGCUUAAGUGUAAAUUUAAUUAAAAAGUAUUCACAACAAUCAAACGAUAGAAAUAAUAGAAUGAUAGAUUUAAUGGCUUUAUAAAAUCAUCCAAAAAAUAAUUAAAUGUAUAGAUAUUCUCCAGAAAGAGUUCACUAAAUUAAACUAAACACUCCAGACAUUCAUUCUGAUUAGCUAUCAGUUUAAAGUAACUAAGCCCACAAAAUACCUUAUAAUAAUCCAGAAACGUAACAAAUAAAUAGAUUAUACAAAUCAAAAUAUGAGCCAAAGCAAUAUAUGAUUUAAAUUCCUCCUAAUAUUAGAAGCUAAAGCUAAAACCAAAGUUCCGUAAAAAAAAAACAAAACAGUCUGGCUACUAACGAUAAAAAAGUAUCCUUUUUCUUUAACGAAAAAGAUUAGCAUUAAGAUUAAUAUAAUAUGCACUAAAAAGAUGCUAAUUUUAAUAAUCAAAAUAUUAUCAAUUUUAGUAAAUCAGAAAAGUAAUCAAAUUAAAACUCUCCUUAACUUAAUACAAUAAUUUUAGAAAACAACUCUUUUCAAUCUGACUCUGUUCCUAACGAAGAAAAUUAACAAUUUAAGAAAUAAAAUCUUUCUGGAAGUCCAGCUGCAAUAAAUUUAAUAGGUUAUUCUUUAAAAAGAUCUAAUACUUUACAAGAGCAUGAUUAGCAUUUAUUAAACAAUACAAUAAACUAAAAUUCUCCAUAGCAAAUGUUAAACUCUUAGUAAAACUAAAAUUAAACAGAUUCAGAUGAAAUAAACAAUAUAUUAAUAACAGAGGUAAGUAAUGAAUAAAAGGAAUCAGGAAACGUUUAUAAAAAAAUGCAAUCUAAACAGAUAGAUAGCAACUAAUCCCUAUUCAGAUAAAAGAAAAAUACGAUCCAAUCUAAAAGCUAUGAUAUUUCAAUAUCAGAUAAUAUGCAGAGUAGUUUAAGAUCUGAGAUAACUAAUAACGUUAUAAAAGAUAAUAUGAGCUAAAAAUUAUUAAAAAAUGCAAAAAUCAUUAAUGAGUAUAAACAAUGA